ACGUAUGCGGGGAAGCUUUCUCGCUGUCGGCCAGCACCAAUCAGGACGUGGAGCUAUGGUGUGAUAUUCAACACUUAUAACAACGCCUCUGCAUAACAAACAUCGUCCGAUCCUGAGUCUUCGAUACAACGCAAUCUCGCUCUGCCACCAUCCUUCCUGCUUUGCUCACCAAACCUACCAACGACUACACCACCUCCUAUAAUCCCACGACACACGCCAAUCUUUAACCUCACAACCUCUUCUUUCAAACUCCCAAAAUGACCUCCCAACGCGUCCUCCUUCUCGGAGGCCACGGCGCGAUCGCCCAAUUGAUGACCCCGCUCUUCCUCCGACGAUCAUGGAGCGUAACAUCAGUGAUCCGCAGCGCCGACCAAAUCCCCACGAUCCGUGCCCUCGGCAACGGCCAACCAGGCACCAUCGACGUGCUGAUUGAAAGCCUCGACGACGUCAAGACCCAGGCCGCGGCGCAGAGCGUCAUCGACAAAGUGCAGCCGAACUACAUCGUAUGGGCAGCGGGUGCGGGCGGUAAAGGCGGGGCAGAGCGCACGUUUGCUGUGGAUCGCGAUGCUGCGACACACUAUAUACGGGCUGCGGCUGCAUCGCCGGGGGUGUCCAAGUUUUUGAUGAUUAGCUAUAUUGGAAGUCGGCGUGGUCGUGCGGCGUGGUGGAGUGAUGAGAGCUAUAAGGCGGUGCAGGAGGUUAAUGAUGGGGCGCUGGCGAAUUAUCAUGUCGCAAAGCUGGCUGCCGAUGAGGUGCUUGUAGCUGCUGCAAAGGAAAGGGGUAGUGAGUUUGCGGGGAUCUGUCUGAGACCGGGCACGUUGAAGGAGGGUAGUGCAACGGGCAAAAUUUUGCUUGGUAAGACACCGGGUCGGGGUGAGGUGCGGAGGAGUGAUGUUGCGGAGGUUGCGGUGCGGCUACUGGAGCAAGAUGGGGUGGGGACUAGAUGGUUAGAUUUGGUGGCAGGUGAUGAGGGGAUUGAUCAGGCUAUUGCGAGAGUUGUGAAGGAGGGACUUGAUUGCUACGAUGGAGAGGGCUGA